AUGCAUCCUCAUCUGCACACCAAGGACAACACCGCCUGCGAGGACCUCAUGACUGCCCUCGAGGAGUGUCAUGAUCGCGGAUUUCUUUGGAAAUCAAUGGGCAUGUGCAAUGGGGCGAAGGAGGCUUUGAGUGCCUGCCUGCGUGCAGAGAGAAGGAAACGCCAGGAUAACAACCGCAGCAAGUCGCAAGAGAAGAAGGAUGCCAUCAGACAGAAGUGGAAGGAAAUUGACGAGAACUCUUAA